AAAAAUUAUCAUGGCCGCAUAUAAAUGCGUCCUGUACACAAGAUUCGCAGUUCAGUCAUUACAAGAGUCUUCUAGCGUCACUUUAUUUCAAUUACCACAAUGCUGAGGUUUGUUCUGAUCUUCGUGGUUUUGGUAACUACACAGAUGGUGUCAGAAGUUGAGAGUAUUAUUGGCGGCUCCUUAACAAGAAGGUUUCAAACUAAGGAUCCUGAUAAUAUUGAGUCUCACUCGAACUCCAUGAUCUCUAAAGUUUCUUUUCAAUUCAACAACACUUUAUCGGCUAACAAAACUGUGGAGGACACUGAACUCUCUGGUGACUCAAAGUAUCAAGAAGGUGGUUUGGAUCUGGAAAAAAAAUUCAAAUUGAAAGAGUUACCUUUAGAUCAGUUUUUGCCUAACACAACUGAAGCGUACAUACCUGCAAACAAAGGUGUUGUAGGCAGUGAAGGACAAGACGUACCCAACAACAAAGAUAAGAAAUAAAGGUGAACCAGUCCUAUACAGGAGAAUCGGAGGAUUCAAAUGAAGCAUAAUUUUUAAAAAGAGAUGUAUCUCUAAUUCUACGUUUUCAAAUUUGUGAUAAAAAACACAUAAUGUUUUGACGUUUGCAAUAUAAUAAAAAAUAUUUAAAAUAUU